GUUGUAGUCCGUUUUCCUAGGUGUGUUUUGAACGAAUAUUCCACCAUGAGUAAUUAUGAUUUCUACCAUGACUAUCAAUACUAUUUAAAUGAUUUUAAUCGGAGGAACGCGCCUCAGGUAGAACCAGAUACUCCAUUAAGGGAGGCUAUAAAGACCAUGAAUAUGGACAAGGUUAAAGAAUUAAUCCAAAGAGAUAGAAGUGAGAUAAACACUCAUAACAGUAAAGGUUGGACUCCCCUUCAUGAAGCUGCCGCCGAUGAUAGACGGUUUUUUAUUUUCCAGUAUCUCUUAUCGGCUGGAGCUGACUUGGAUUAUAAAGCUGAAAAUGGAGUAUCUCCUUUCUAUGUCGCAUGCAAAUAUGGAAGUAUAAAGAUUGCCAAAUUGUUGAUAGAAGCUGGUUGUAAAAUAAAUGAUAAGUUUGCUUACGAUUAUGAUUAUAACAGAUCUGUUCGUUUCGGCUUUACUGCUCUUCACGUCGCCUGUACUCGCAAAAAUGAACAAAUAAUAAUGCUGCUGUUAGCUAAUGGCGCUCAAACGAACGUAGUUGACGAUAUCGGAAGGGCACCCAUUCAUUAUGCCAUAGAUAAUUCAAAUGGGAUGGCUGUUCAGAUGCUCAUUGACGCUGGAGCUGAUUUACAUGUAAAGGAUAUCUAUGGUUGUACGCCUUUGCAUUAUGUUAGUAUGUUAGGAAAUAUUACAGUAUUCAAUGUAAUGAAAUUUCUUUACACUAGAAAAAAAAACUUAAACCGUCGGACACCAGAAGGUUUGACACCACUUAUGCUAGCGUGUCAAUUCAAACAUUAUCAUAUUUCAGAGGCAUUAAUCCAGCUCGGUGCUGAUACAUCUGUAGCCGACAUCUCUGGACAUCUGGCUCUUCAUAUGGCAGCGAAUGGUGGGUACAGAUUGUUCAAACUCUUGCUUAAAAAUACUUCCUCGAAAGCUAUCGAAAAGCAUGCGACACAUAGACCCAAUUCAAAGGCAUGGCGCUCCCUUACUUGCGUAGUUAUUGAAAGUCAUUAUUUUGAAUGUCUAGAACUACUAUUCAAUUCAGGUCUAAGCGAGGACGUUUUGAAAUGCCCUGAGAAAUUAAAUGGUCACGUGGUGUCGCCACUCGGUUUUCUCCUCUUGCAUAACAAUAGAUGGUUUGGUAAAGAACACAAAUUACGGUGGUUAGAAUUAUUUUUAUCAUAUGACUUUAUGGUAGAUCCUGUUUAUCACAAUAAUGAGAAUAUCAUUCCAUCUAAGUUGAAAUGCCAGAUGUGGAAGGUGUCGAUUGAUAAAAUUAUGGAACCAUCGUCCAGAAGGAUCGGCUCCAUUGAAGCAGUCGUUCAGAUGCAUAGUCGUCUGCACAUCGAUUGCUAUUGUGAAAUGUUCCUCUCCAUGAUCCUGUCCAAAAUUGCUUCGCCAGACAAAUUUCUUCCUAGUGAUUCCUUAAGACAAAUAUGUUUAUUUAACGAAUCUGCCCGGGAAGGUUUUUUAGCAGCACUCAGUCUUCUGAAAUAUUCGGAAUACGUCGAUCCAGAUGAUGUCAUAGAUACGUUAUUAAAACAAAUGGCAAAUCCGAAUUAUAGAUGGAUGGGUCAUGAAGAUGGAGUUGUUAGGUUGCUUGUAGAAAAAUGUGCAACAAACUUUUUGCCAGUAUUUUCAGGAAUUAAAAAUGCUCUACCGGAGCCAGGAAACCCCGAUGAUGUAAUGAAGUACGAAAGUUACGUUCGUAUGGAAGAGAUGUUCAAGUCCAAUAAUCGUGUGCUUUCAUUGAAAAGGUUAAGUAGAUUCGCUGUAAGAAAACACAUUCGUAAGGAAGCUGAAAAUUCAGAUGUGUGUUUUCGAAGUUAUCUCAAACAAAUUAUCUUACCUUUUCCACUGUCUAAGUAUGUUUUGUACGAUGAUUAUUUUUAAUAUAUGAUUAUUUUUUGUAUGAUUAUUAUUAAUCAAGAUGGGUUUUUUUAAUAAUAACAUAUUUUUAUUAUGUUUGUGUAAAUAGAAUUUAAGGGCCAAGUAGAUAAAUGUGGUAAGUUACAUUUUUUAAAAAUGUAAUUAUUUUAACAGGAGCAGGGUCAAUAGAAUUUAGAUAGUAGCAAAUUUCAUGUGAAAUUUUAUUUUUUAAUUAAAUCAGGCUGUUUCUUCACUGGACUUGAAAAAACAUAAAAAAAGUUUAGAGAUUUUACAAGUGUGAAUUUACUGUUGUGAUUUAGAUUCAUUAUUGUUCACC